CCCUCAGUGUUGAAGCUAGUAGGCAGUUCUUGGGACAACAGUGUUUGGACAGAGCUGUGAUUUUUUUGGUGUGUGUAUUGUUCUACAUUGCCAGUAUUGUUAAUUUAUUGGUGAGAAAUUUAAGAUCUUGCAGCAAUGACCUCCCAAAUCCGGCAGAACUAUCAAUUGGAAAGUGAGGCUGCUAUUAACCGCAUUGUUAACUUGGAGUUGAAAGCCUCUUAUGUCUACCUGUCACUGCAAUUCUACUUUGAUCGUGAUGAUGUUGCACUAGCCAAAUUUUCCAAGUUUUUCCAUGAGCUGUAUGAGCAGAAGCAAGAGGAAGUUGAAGAAUUUCUCAAGUACCAAAACAUGCGUGGAGGAAGGAUUGUACUCCAAGAUAUCAAGAAACCAGAUGCUGACGAAUGGCAGAAUGGAACCCAUGCCAUGGAAUCUGCUCUGAAUCUUGAGAAAAGUGUGAACAAUGCCUUACUAGAACUACACACAACUGCAAGAACCCACACUGACCCUCACAUGUGUGACUUCUUGGAAUCUAAAUACUUGCAUAAAGAGACAAAGUUGAUUAAGAAACUAGGCGACCACUUCACUAACUUGAAACGUGUCAAGGCAACGGAAGUGGGCAUGGGAGAGUAUCUCUUCGACAAACUUACCUUGGGGGAGGACAGUAAUUAAGCCUGUCCAUUUGCCAUUGGUUCUAACAUAAUUCAUAUGUUACUGUAGACUUCAUAAUGUAAAAUGUAUCAACUUUACACAAAAUAAAGCUA